GGGCCAUAUCUGGAAAGCAAAAGGCAAAGAGCAAACCAAAUCGAACCAACCCAUCCCGAAAUCUCACUUCCUUAUCUUUUACAUACACUCUUGUGUGUGCCUGUGCCGACAGAACGAACACAAGAGAAGAGAAAAGUUAAGAGCAUGGCAGCCACACUCACUCUCCUGAAAUUCAGUGUUCUCCCCCCAAAACCAAUCCACACCCACACCCACACCCACAUCCACACCCACACUCACUCAGAAGUCCUCCCAGUUUUGUCCAACCCGACUAAACGACGACUACAUGUCUCCUCCGACGAGUCUUCUUCUUCUUCAUAUAACCCACAAAAACUCCUAAAUCAAACUAUUCGCCAUAUGAAAUCAGCUCCUCUUCCCCUUGCAGCACUCGCAUUACCCUUCUUUCUAGAUCCAAAGGAUGCAUUUGCUGUUGGUGGUGAGUUUGGAAUUCUUGAAGGAAGAACAUUUGCUCUUGUUCACCCCAUCGUCAUGGGUGGCUUGUUUGUCUACACUCUGUGGGCUGGUUAUCUGGGUUGGCAAUGGCGGCGAGUUCGGACCAUACAGAAUGAGAUUAAUGAGCUCAAGAAGCAAGUCAAGCCUGUUGCAGUCACCGAGCCUCCUACACCAUCCCAACCUCCUACACCAUCGCCACUCGAUGCCAAGAUUCAGCAACUCACCGAGGAGAGGAAGGAGUUGAUUAAAGGGUCAUACAGGGACAAACACUUCAAUGCAGGCUCAAUACUGCUAGGAUUCGGCGUGUUUGAGGCAGUUGGUGGAGGGGUCAACACCUGGUUUCGGACAGGGAAGCUAUUCCCAGGGCCUCAUUUAUUUGCAGGAACAGCCAUAACAGUGCUAUGGGCAGCAGCUGCAGCUCUUGUACCAUCAAUGCAGAAGGGGAGUGAAACGGCCAGAAAUCUUCAUAUCGCAUUGAAUGUGUUCAAUGUUUUGCUCUUCGUGUGGCAGAUCCCCACCGGAAUUGAUAUAGUUUUCAAGGUCUUUGAAUUUACUCAAUGGCCUUGAAUCACACAUUCUGCAAGUGAGUCCUCUUGUUUCUUCAAUUAGGUCUAUCUCAUUACAAGUCAUUUUCUUCUCUUUUCUCCUCUGUUACUGUUUCUAGUAUAUAUUGUACUGUUACUAUAUACUUUCUAUGCAAUCAUAACAAAUAACUUCAAAGCAUUGAAUGUUGAUAAUGCUUCAUUUUUUUUUUUUUUUUUUGAAA